ACGAUAUGACCUUGAAGAAUUCCUAGGUCAACCAUUGUCUUAACUGAAUUUACUUUGCAAAUGUGUCUUAUCGAAAUUCUAUUCACUUUGAUUCCGACCCAGUUUCGUAGACAACAGGCGAGGGGGUGGAUGCGGUUACUAGCGGCAACUUGAACAAUAUGGGUGGAAAGUCAGGGCGUGUUCUUUCUCUGGGUUUCCUUUGCCUCUUUGGUGUGAUAUUAAUCGGAGCUCACGAAGGACCCGACUCGCACAAAGUCGUGUUGAUCCUUUUCGAUGGAUUUCGGUGGGAUUAUCUGAAGAUUAAAGGUCUGGAAGGAUUCACCCAGUUCAUGGAGAAUGGUGCCUGGGUGGAGAAGAUGACCAUGGCCUUCCCCACGUUAUCCUACCCACAGUAUUAUACUAUCAUGACAGGUCUUUACGCUGAAAACCAUGGUAUGGUUGGUAACAACUUCUAUGACCCCCUGCACAAGGAACCCUGGCUGUUCGCGAACAACCCGGAAUACAACCACACACAUUUCUACGACGAUGGAGAACCGAUGUGGGUGACAGCGACCAAACAAGAUAAGAAGAGUGCAUUGUACUACUGGCCAGCCUGUGAAGUCAGCAUCCGCAAUGUGACCCCCGCCUUCUGUGACGUAUACUGGUACUGGCCCAACCAGACCUUCAUACAUUCAGCCCUUGAAAGUACCCUUGAUAACUUGGAACAAGGCUUUGACUUCGUUGGCAUCUAUGUCGAAGAAACCGAUAAGAUUGGCCACAAAUAUGGACCAUUUUCCAAAGAGAUCAACGAAACUGUCCGGAACUACGACAAGGAGAUGAAGAUUUUCCUGGAUGGACUGAAGGCCCGGAACCUUUUCGAUGAGACCAACGUGAUCUUGGUGUCUGACCACGGCAUGACGCCUUACGUUGACCAGCCGUAUGUGCAACCUUUCGCCAAUUUUACCGAGGAGGAAUACAACCAGACAAUUCUCUGGCACCUUGAUUAUGGGAUAUACCCAACUCAUCCAAAGUACACAAAGAUGAUCUACGAAAAAGUUAAGAGUGUGAAUGAUCCCCACCUGCAUGUGUUCCUGAAGGAAGACUUCCCAGACAGCUACCACUUCAAACACGACCGCCGUAUCGCGCCCGUCUUGAUGUAUGUGGACACUGGCUACAAGAUAACUUGGAGCCUAAACAUGACCACUAAAAAUAAUACAGGUGGCAAAGCUAGCCAUGGUUUUCUCCCAGAGACAUCGGACAUGAAGGGACUCUUCCUGGGAAUUGGACCAGAUUUCCUGAAAGGAUCCAGACAAGCCAACAUUGACUCUGUCGACAUCUACCAACUCAUGUGCAAGAUGCUGGGAAUCACCCCUGCGCCGAACAACGGAACCUGGAGUCACGUUACUGGUAUCACAAGAUUCAACGGGGUUUCUACUUCUCAUGAUCAGUUUGUUGGUUUCAUGAUGGUGGCUGUAUUCUGCUUGAUGGUGAACCUUUGGAUAUGACAGAGCUCAUGUCAUUGGGAAUUGUAAACAUAUUCUAUACGACAAUUGAUAUAUUUAUUAUCAUAGAUAUGACUUGUUGCAAAAACAACCGGACCUUUCGUAAAGUAAAAUUUAUGUAACACUACAUCAUAACUGCCGCAUUAACGACGACGUGAAGACAAUAAUAUACAGUUAAACAACAAACGAUAAAAUGUCCAAUGAAAA